AUGAGUACAUCUUCUAGUUCAAACAGUCCUAUGACUCAAUUCCAAUUGCUUAUUAAUUCUUCUGAAGAGGAUCUAAUUCAACCAUUGAACGCUUUCUUUGAGACAUUUUUUGCUGAGAAUGAUAGUAUUUGUAUUGAACAGUGGGAUAUGGCCCUCCCGAGUGAUUCUGAAAGGGAACGAAUGAAAGAGCUUAUUUCUUUCCUUAUGAACACUGAUGAUUUUGACAAAAUCUCUUCUGAUUCGACAUUGCUUUCCCGAGUUGCUCCUCUUCUUGUUAAAUCAAUCCAAUUAACUUUCAUUAAGAAUCGUUUCUGUGUUAUCCACGAACUUUUGCCUCCCUCAACUGGCGAACGCUUUAAACGAUUUUGGGGGUAUUUGGUACUUUGCUCCACAGCCUACUGUAAUUCGAGUAGAACGCGAUUACAUCACUCUUCCCCACACUUUCUGACUGACGGUAAAAUUUUUUCGAAGAUUCCAAAAACCUCGAUUUAA